GCCAGCCACGGUUUGACGGACGUCUCUUCCAGCCAAUCGCAGACGACAACAAGCGCGCAGACAGUAUUCAGGAAAGAAAACUGACAACGUACACAUCAUGUGUGUACAUCAAAAUCACAAAACAAACGAAGAUAUAAGGUGCGCAACGUCAUGCGAAUGAGACGCAGUGGGGAAACGGAGAAUCCGCAAGCGCUUCCAUCGCUGUGGGAGGAAGCAAAAAAACAUCCGUACGCACUUUUCUAAUACCAUUUCCCCUCAUCCGGCGGAGCGGCUUGACUGCAACCCACUGAGACGGGGUCGCGGGCAAGGCAGGGAACAACCCAGGAUGGAGCGUCAACCAGGCUCAAAUCCAGGAGCUGCUGCUGUACCCCAGAGAAACCCCCAGAAACAACUGAGGCAGAGAAAUAUCUGCAUUGCCAGGCAGGGCAGUUUCAGAAAUGUACCAGGGACGGCGCUCGGUCAUGUCUGGCUCGUCGGGGCCGAAGCGGGGCGCGCCCGCGCGGCUGCGGAAGUGUGCCUUCUGCAGGAGCAACCGGGACAAGGAAUGCGGCCAGCUGCUAGUGUCGGACAACCAGAAGGUGGCGGCCCACCACAAGUGCAUGCUCUUCUCUUCUGCCUUGGUUACCUCUCACUCAGAGAGCGAGAACAUCGGGGGCUUUUCCGUGGAGGACGUCAAGAAGGAGAUCAAGAGGGGCAACAAGCUGAUGUGUUCCUCCUGUCACCGCCCCGGGGCCACCAUAGGCUGCGACGUGAAGACCUGCAGGAGAACGUACCACUUCUACUGCGCCCUGUGGGACAAGGCGCAGGUGAAGGAAAACCCAUCACAGGGGAUCUACCUUGUCUACUGUCGUAAGCACCGCGAUGCCACACAGGACUCCAGCGAAGACGAGCUUGCGGGUGCUGCCAACGACUCGGACUCGUCUCCCCCACGGGGCCGGGGCCGGGGGCGGUUAGAGAGGGGGCGGAUCAAGGUGGGCAGCCACAGCCAAUCGGAAGACACCCGCUCGACCUCGUCGCACGGCGCAGACGACGCAGAGAGCACCACGCACCGAGACCGCUCCCCCCUGCGCGGCAGCCUCGGUGACUCCGGCCUGCGCUGCGGAUUCUGCCAUGCCGGCGAGGACGAGAACGAGAGUCGUGGCGUGUUGCACGUGGACAACGGCAAGAAGGUGGCGGCGCAUUACAAGUGCAUGUUGUUUUCCUCUGGGACCGUCCAGCUUACCACCACCUCGCGUGCUGAAUUUGGGAACUUCGACGUCAAGACGGUCAUCCAGGAGAUCAAGAGGGGGAAGAGAAUGAAAUGCACCCUGUGCGGCCAGCUGGGGGCCACCAUUGGAUGUGAGAUUAAGGCCUGCGUGAAGACCUACCACUACCACUGCGGCGUAGAGGACAAGGCCAAGUAUAUAGAGAACAUGGCCAGGGGCAUCUACAAGCUGUACUGCAAGAAUCACAGCGGCAACGAGGAGCGGGACGAAGAAGACGAGGAGAGGGAGUCCCGCAGCCGAGAGAAGGCUGACAUGGAGCGGGCUCGCAGCCGGGUCCCGCCCCCACCGCAGGUCAACGGCAACUAGAUGGCGGAGUAAAAAUACAAAAAGGAUACGACACCCUGGGAA